CCUUUUGUUUCCUCCCGGAGCCGGGCUGCUGGCUCCGCUGGCUCCGCUGGCUCCGCGGGCGCUCGGCUCGGCUCGGCCGCGGGGCGCGCAGGCGGCUGCCGGGCGGCGUCGGUGCACGCCUCCCGCCUUCCCGGAGACAGGGCGCGAGACCCGGGCCCCGAGCACCGAUCGCAGGGAUCCCCGGCGCCAGGAGGGGGUGCAGCCGGUGGGCAGCGCCGCGCAGGGAGGGGCCGCAGCAUCCUCGCCCCCCAGCGCGCCCGGGCCCGAGAAGAGGAGGCCGGGGCUCUCCGGGCCUCCCGCCGCUUAGCCUGAUGCUGGAGGGACGAAGGUGAGUGAAGAUGGCAGAGAGGAUGUGACCAGCACUCACCCUUGACCACCUGCCCAGUGGCACCGCCAUGCAGAAGCCCAGCGGCCUGAAGCCCCCCGGCCGUGGGGGGAAGCACUCCAGCCCCAUGGGCCGGACGUCUACUGGGUCAGCUUCAUCCUCGGCGGCGGCGGCCACUGGCUCCAAGGAAGGCUCCCCCCUGCACAAGCAGUCAUCCGGACCCUCCUCCUCCCCGGCCGCAGCUGCUGCCCCCGAGAAGCCGGGCCCCAAGGCGGCGGAAGUGGGGGAUGACUUCCUGGGGGACUUUGUGGUGGGCGAGCGGGUGUGGGUGAAUGGCGUGAAGCCAGGCGUGGUGCAGUACCUGGGCGAGACGCAGUUCGCACCGGGCCAGUGGGCUGGUGUGGUGCUGGACGACCCGGUGGGCAAGAACGAUGGCGCGGUGGGCGGCGUGCGCUACUUCGAGUGCCCGGCCCUCCAGGGUAUCUUCACGCGGCCCUCCAAGCUGACCCGGCAGCCCACGGCCGAGGGCUCGGGGAGUGAUGCCCACUCCGUGGAGUCACUGACUGCCCAGAACCUGUCAUUGCAUUCGGGCACAGCCACACCCCCGCUGACAAGCCGCGUCAUCCCCCUGCGGGAGAGCGUCCUCAACAGCUCCGUGAAGACGGGCAACGAGUCGGGCUCCAACCUCUCGGACAGCGGCUCUGUGAAGCGGGGCGACAAGGACCUGCGCCUGGGAGACCGUGUGCUGGUCGGCGGGACGAAGACUGGCGUGGUGCGGUACGUGGGGGAGACAGACUUUGCCAAGGGCGAGUGGUGUGGCGUGGAGCUGGACGAGCCCCUUGGGAAGAAUGAUGGGGCGGUGGCGGGCACCAGGUACUUCCAGUGCCCACCCAAGUUUGGUCUCUUUGCGCCCAUCCACAAGGUGAUCCGUAUCGGCUUCCCAUCUACCAGCCCAGCCAAGGCCAAGAAGACCAAGCGUAUGGCCAUGGGUGUGUCAGCACUGACCCACAGUCCCAGCAGUUCCUCCAUCAGCUCCGUCAGCUCUGUGGCCUCCUCCGUGGGGGGUCGGCCCAGCCGCAGUGGCCUGCUCACGGAGACCUCUUCACGCUACGCCCGCAAGAUCUCGGGCACCACAGCCUUGCAGGAGGCACUGAAGGAGAAGCAGCAGCACAUUGAGCAGCUGCUGGCCGAACGAGACCUGGAACGGGCCGAGGUGGCCAAAGCCACGAGCCACAUCUGCGAGGUAGAGAAGGAGAUCGCCCUGCUCAAGGCACAGCAUGAGCAGUAUGUUGCAGAAGCUGAAGAGAAGCUGCAGCGAGCCCGGUUGCUGGUGGAGAGCGUGCGGAAAGAGAAGGUGGACCUGUCCAACCAGCUGGAGGAGGAGAGGAGGAAGGUGGAGGAUCUGCAGUUCCGCGUGGAGGAGGAGUCCAUCACCAAGGGAGACCUGGAGACCCAGACGCAGCUGGAGCACGCGCGCAUUGGGGAGCUGGAACAGAGCCUGCUACUGGAGAAGGCGCAGGCCGAGCGGCUGCUCCGAGAAUUAGCGGACAACAGGCUGACCACAGUGGCGGAGAAGUCGCGGGUGCUGCAGCUGGAGGAGGAGCUCACCCUGCGCCGCGGUGAGAUCGAGGAGCUCCAGCAGUGCCUGUUGCACUCGGGCCCCCCGCCCCCAGACCACCCCGACGCGGCCGAGACCCUGCGGCUGCGGGAGCGCCUGCUCUCGGCCAGCAAGGAGCACCAGAGGGAGAGCGGGGUGUUGCGGGAUAAAUACGAGAAGGCCCUGAAGGCCUACCAGGCGGAGGUGGACAAGCUCCGCGCGGCCAACGAAAAGUACGCACAAGAGGUGGCAGGCCUGAAGGACAAGGUUCAGCAGGCCACCAGCGAGAACAUGGGGCUCAUGGACAACUGGAAAUCCAAACUGGACUCGCUGGCCUCGGACCACCAGAAGUCCCUGGAGGACCUCAAAGCCACCCUGAACUCGGGCCCAGGCGCCCAGCAGAAGGAGAUUGGCGAGCUGAAGGCGGUGAUGGAGGGCAUCAAGAUGGAGCACCAGCUGGAGCUGGGUAACUUGCAGGCCAAGCAUGACCUGGAGACCGCCGUGCACGUGAAGGAGAAGGAGGCCCUGCGGGAGAAGCUGCAGGAGGCCCAGGAGGAGCUGGCCGGGCUGCAGCGGCACUGGCGGGCCCAGCUGGAGGUGCAAGCCAGCCAGCACCGGUUGGAGCUGCAGGAGGCCCAGGACCAGCGCCGGGAUGCCGAGCUGCGCGUGCACGAGCUGGAAAAGCUGGACGUGGAGUACCGGGGCCAGGCGCAGGCCAUCGAGUUCCUCAAGGAGCAGAUCUCGCUGGCCGAGAAGAAGAUGCUGGACUACGAGAGGCUGCAGCGGGCAGAAGCCCAGAGCAAACAGGAGGCCGAGAGGUUGCGGGAGAAGCUCCUGGUGGCUGAGAACAGACUCCAGGCUGUGGAGGCCCUGUGCUCCUCCCAGCACACCCACAUGAUUGAGUCGAAUGACAUUUCAGAGGAGACGAUCAGGACGAAGGAAACUGUGGAGGGCCUGCAGGACAAGCUGAACAAGAGGGACAAAGAGGUGACAGCCUUGACCUCCCAGACAGAGAUGCUCAGGGCCCAAGUAAGUGCACUGGAGAGCAAGUGUAAGUCGGGCGAGAAGAAAGUGGAGGCCCUCCUGAAGGAGAAGCGGCGCCUGGAGGCGGAGCUGGAGACGGUGUCCCGGAAGACUCACGAUGCCUCGGGCCAGCUGGUUCUCAUCAGCCAGGAGCUGCUGCGGAAGGAGCGGAGCCUGAACGAACUGCGGGUGUUGCUGCUGGAGGCCAAUCGUCACUCCCCGGGGCCGGAGAGGGACCUGAGCCGCGAGGUGCACAAGGCUGAGUGGCGGAUCAAGGAGCAGAAACUCAAGGAUGACAUCCGGGGCCUGCGUGAAAAGCUGACCGGGCUGGACAAAGAGAAAUCGCUGUCGGAUCAGAGGCGCUACUCCCUCAUCGACCCGUCCUCGGCGCCCGAGCUCCUGCGGCUGCAGCACCAACUGAUGAGCACGGAGGACGCUCUGCGGGACGCACUGGACCAGGCUCAGCAGGUGGAGAAGCUGAUGGAGGCCAUGAGGAGCUGCCCUGACAAGGCCCAGAUCAUUGGCAAUUCCGGUUCUGCAAACGGCAUCCACCAGCAGGACAAAGCCCAGAAACAAGAGGACAAGCACUGACCCUGAGGGGAUACCGUGUGGAGUGGUCCAGUCCACACCAGAGCCCUGCGCGGCUGCCCGGCAGCACCUCCUCCAGGCGGGAGCCGGGACUGUCACUUUGGAGACAAAACAGUGUUUGUAACAAUAACGUACUCACCGCCGCGGACAAUCCCCCACCCUGAUCCCCUGCCAGACCAGGACGCUUCCUCAAGCCCAGCCUUCCACAGAGAGUGUGAACGGUACAGCCCCGGCCUGACCCGGGGACCUUCGGCCUGGACGCCCGGCAGCUUCUGGAUUUUGUCAGUGGAGGCAGAGGGUAUCCGGCCAGGACCCUCUGUCCAGAAGGAGCUGCCCUUAGGACCAUCUUAGUACCCCUGUCCUCUUUUUCUGCCGGUUCCCCCUCGGGUCUCCCCAGAGGGGCCGGCGGCGGGGAGGGGGGCAGGGUGGGGCUAAGUUUGUCCAUGCAGGCACCAAGGGGGAAUGUCCAGUCUUUAAGAGCCAAGUGGGGGCCCCUUUUCCGAAGCCACUUCCAGGCCAAGGCGGUCCCCAGGGCUUCUUGUCCCCACCUUCUGAACCUUCUUCAAACAGUGGUACCAGUUCCCCUCAGCCAGCCUGCCUGCCCAGCGAGGCCCCCAGGUUCAAGGUGUUGGCGGGGGCGGAGGGCAGGGGAACAGGAUCUUUCUCCCGCCGCCCACCGACACCAACACACACACACCUCUAAGCUGCUGGCCGAAGAUGUCACCAAGGCCAGAGACGCAGUGUUACGAAGGUUUGGAAGCCCCUCUCCUCACCUCCCACCGUGACCUUGGGCAAACCCAGACUCAGAGCCCAGGGCAGAGGCAGCUCAGAGUGGAGGCUCCAGGCAGGUCAAAGGUCAGUAAUACGGUUUCCCCUGGGGUUGACCAGAUGUUCCAAACAUCUGCACCCACCUGCAGAUGCAUCUAAGCAGGUCCUUAUGUACACACCACGUUCACACACACACACACACACGCACGCACUCAGAGGGACCACAUGUGCACAGAUGACCGUGUGGGUGGGUGGCGGUGUUUGAGUGGGUGGCGGCGUUUGCUGUGAACCACGCUCAGGCCACACAGAGACACAUAUUUGGUUUCUGGGACUGAGACCCAGGCCUGGCAGGACUGUGCCCACAGAUACUGCAAACGUUCCUACAGCCUAGAGGUGCUGUGUACACACACAAGUACACACAGCCAGGCAUUCGGGGUGUGGGUGCCACAUGGAACAUCCCUUCCUGGUCUUGCCAGACACCUGCACAGAGCGUCUCCAGCCCCAUCUCCUAACAGGGGCUAGGAGUAAGAGAAAUCUCACUGCGCCCCCUGUCUUCCCCUCAAGCCUGCUAAGUUAUCCCAGGCCUGUGCGUGGUGGAAAAAGCCAGCCUUGGCCCUGCAGCCUCCACCUCUCCGCUGGAGGACCGACAGGUUGCUUACCGCUUUGCACCCGGCAUCAGCACAGGGGGCCCUGCCCCACCCUCCGGCAGCUCAGGGAGUGUUUUCCUGUGAGGCCUCCCCCAUCAGGGGACCAGAAGGAGAAGCCGGAUGCCCUGUCCCGGCAUUCCCAAAACGCACAGGACACGUGUGCAAUUCAUAGGAACGGCCCAGGUCGCCCUCGUGAGUACCACCUGCUACAGGUAGGUGGCGCUCACGUUCCUGCCCAAAUGCAGCCCAUUGGGGAGUCAGAGUUGGUCCCCCCGGCCCACCUCCCAGUCCCUGUUGGCUUUUGGUAGCUCUCGCAUGCAGUUCUAUUAACAGCUGUCUAGAAGCGAUGCUUUAGUGGCCUAACCCAGGGUCAAAUACAGCUCUUUCUAGCAAAAUCAGGCAGCUCUGCCCCAUCUGCAGGGGCACCGAUUAGUCUACUAACAGCCAGAGGUCCACCUAGCAGAGCGCUGGGAGAAGCUGAGUCGCCGGAGGUGGGCUCCUGGUGAUGGGUGUCCAAGAAGCGGUUUCCCUGGGAGCUUCUGCCUCCGUGGGCCUCUCAGCCUGCCCGGUGUGGCCGCCCGGGCGUGGCUCAGCCAUGUCCCCUCCCCAGGUCCUUCCUGCGCCCCUCCCCUCCCCAGAGUGGAAUUGUUAAAGUGUGGCGAGUCUGUGCUCGGGACAAUAAAGCUUGUGACAGGUCCAGGA